AUGCACCCAUCUGGAACAUACAACCCUGCAGAGAUUCGUUCGGCCAUACACGGCUCCAUCAUGGCUAUCCUUGGCUAUGCAGUUUUGCUUUUAGGAGUUGUCUUUUUCCUUUUCCUUGGCCAUUGGAAACGAAAACAAAACUCGCCCAUCACAAACUGGCCUGUUGUCGGGAUGGUUCCGGGGCUUAUUCGAAAUGCAUCGCAAGUGUACGAAUGCACGAACCGGGUUCUAAAGCACUAUGGAGGCACUGUCGAGGUUAAGGGCCCUUGGUUUGCUGGUAUGGACUUUAUUGUCACCAGUGAUCCUAUGAAUAUCCACUACAUUUUGAGUAAAAACUUUCCCAACUAUGGAAAAGGGCCUGAGAUCCAGGAGAUUUUGGAGCCUCUGGGAGAUGGGAUUCUCAAUUCUGAUUCUGAUUGGUGGACGUACCAGAGAAAGAGGAUGCAUUCUGUCGUUAAAAACAGCAAGUUCGAGCUAUUUUUGGAGAAAAUUGUCAGGCAAAAGAUAUCGAAUUGCCUAAUUCCGGUUCUCGAACACCUCUCCAAGCAAGAGAGUGAGGUGGAUUUACAAGAAGUUUUCAAGCGGUUCACAUUCGAUAACAGUUGCCUAAUGGUUUUAGGCUUUGAUCCAAUUUCCCUCUCAGUUGACUUCCCAAAAUUUACGUAUGUAAAGGCUUUCGAUGAUAUGGAAGCGGCAGUUAUAUACCGACACAUCCUGCCAAAAUGGUGUUGGAAGUUUCAGAGACGGCUUCAACUCGGACAAGAGAAGAAGCUGAAAAAUGCUUGGGAAUUGUUUGAUGGAUUCUUAUACAAAUGCAUCUCAUCAAAGCGAGAAGAACUAAGCCGAUGCAGAACCCAAUUGGAGGAAGCCGCGGACUUCAACUUGCUGACAGAAUACAUGAUGCAUGAGGAUAAAGAAGGACGCAUGGGAGGUACGGACAAAUUUCUAAGGGACACAGCAUUUAAUCUCAUGGCAGCAGGGAGCGACACAGUUGGUUCAGCUCUCACUUGGUUUCUUUGGCUCGUUGCAACGCACCCAUCAGUGGAAACAAAGAUUUUAGACGAGAUGAGGAAGAAUGUCAUGGUUAAAGAUGACCAAAAGGGUGCAUGUUUUGGUAUAAAAGAGCUAGAUAAUCUGGUGUAUCUCCAUGCAGCCUUGUGCGAGGCAUUCCGGCUAUACCCAGUGAUUCCUUUCCAUCCGAAAACUGCAGUUAAAGCAGAUACUCUUCCAAGCGGCCACCGGGUUGGUGCAAAUGGAACGAUUGUAAUAUUUCUGUAUGCAAUGGGAAGAAUGGAGGAAUUAUGGGUGAAGAUUGCUUGGAGUACAAGCCAGAGAGAUGGAUAUCAGAGCAAGGAGGAAAUAUCAUAUCUGUGCCAUCUUACAAAUUCUCUUCGUUUGGUGGGGGUCCCAGGAGUUGUUUGGGUAAGGCCAUGGCUUUCAUUCAGAUGA